GCCACAGUCCUCCGUGUUCAGCGGAGAGAAGUUUGUGUUGCGUCGACCAACUCUUUUUACGCACCGCUCCCGAAAAGGCUACAACGACACUUUUCACUUUUUAAUUAGUGCUUAUAUUUGAUUUCGUUCUUGAAUACCUUUAUCAGUUUUAUCACUUUUUAAAAUCUGGAUAAAUUCACCGCUAUUUUCGUUAUUCAUCAAGCGGGUUGUUCAUCCGCCUUUUCUUUAUUUUAUCCGGCUCCUAUUGGUUGAAUGCGUCGUUGCCAGUGCGUAAUCGUCAUGACUCUGUAGUUGUUAUAAGUUUGAUCUUUAUCUUCUCACAUUUUUCGCAUGAAGUUGUCUCGUAUGAACCGAUGCGAAGUAACGGAGAGGGGUCGGGGGCAGAGCCGGGCUUCACUAUGAGGAUGCCCAGGGGAGGACUCCUGUUCCUGGCCACGCUCCUGGGCUCGCUCUGUCUGCUCGUCCUCUACUUUCAGAGCGUCACCAAACCAGAUACAGUUGUGAACACUAGCAAAAGGCCAGCGGGGAAAAGUCGAAGGACUCCACUCCAGACUCUGUACAAUGGAGAUCAGUCGGAGAUGCUGACUGCUCAGAGGUCCCUCCAAGGGCGUCGGGAGCUGCUGGAGCAGGCCUGUCUGAGCCAUACCAAGAAGCGGCGCGUACUCUCCCCGAGCGAUCUCAAACACCUCAUUGUGGAUGACAAACACAGCCUUAUAUACUGCUAUGUACCCAAGGUAGCAUGCACAAACUGGAAGCGCGUCUUGAUGGUCCUGAGCAGUGACGGCCUCUACACAGACCCUUUGUCCAUCCCGGCCAGCGAAGCCCAUGUCCCGGCAAACCUGCGCCGCAUGUCUGACCUCUCCGUCUCCGAGAUCAACCAGCGCCUCCGCUCCUACCUCAAGUUCCUAUUUGUGCGCGAGCCUUUCGAGCGCCUGGUGUCCGCUUACCGCAACAAGUUCACCCGCAGCUACAACACGGCUUUCCACAAACGCUACGGCACCAAAAUCAUCCACCGCCACAGACCGAAUCCCCAACCGGAGGCUCUGGAGAAGGGGAAUGACGUGUCGUUUUUAGAGUUUGUGCAGUAUCUCGUGGACCCCAGAACGCAGAGGGAGGACUUUAAUGAGCACUGGGAGCGAGUUCACUCUCUCUGUCAUCCCUGUUUGAUUCACUAUGACGUGGUGGGGAAGUACGAGACUUUAGAGCCGGAUGCCCAGGCCGUGCUAAAACUGGCCGGAGUUGAUCAGACAAUCCAAUUCCCAACGUCUCACAAGAGCACGCGAACUGACGGAAACAUGGCUGCCGGAUUUUUCCAGGACAUCAGCCCCUUCUACCAAAAGAAACUGUUUAACCUGUACCGCAUGGACUAUCUGCUCUUUAAUUACUCCACUCCAGGGUAUCUCAGAACUAGAUGAGGGAG